GACAGCUUUGUUGUCUGCGAACAAGAGAUCUGUAUCAGUAGGGCGUCUUGUGCCUCGCAAUCACUACCUACCUCUUUAGCUGGUAAACAUGGCGCAAAGGAAGAAGAAAGAAGAAGAAAUACAAGGCGACCGAGCGUUAACGUUGGAAAACGUCAUAGAACGUCUUUCCAAAUUAACUCGUGAUUUCAAAAGCGAUCCUGGGCGUUUCCGAGAAGAAGUUAAAAUUCUAGUCAAAGAAGGCAAGAACGAGAUUAAGCAGAAAAAGAGCCAAGCCAGCAAGCAAAGUGCAAAGCCGCAGGUAAUGCAUACAGGUGACCGCUGUAUGGAGAACAAACAAAGCCAAGUCGGGCAAAUUGCAGAGGUGAAAGUAAUGCAGUCAGUGGACCAAAGACCCCGGAUGGAGGACAAAAAAAUUCAAGUACCUUCAGAAGAGAUACAGGAGAGCGACAAAAGGGCCCUGCAGGUCAAAGAAAAACAACACAGCGUUUCCUUUUUAGAGGAGCAAUUAAGAAUCUGCAAAGACGAUCUGAAGGCAAAAGAAAGAGAGAUUGAGUCCCUUAUUGAAAGGGUGGCACGUUUUAGUGAGAUGCAAACGAAACGGGACCAGAGGAAUACCGAGGAUACCCUCAGUUUGAACAGGCCAUCCAUAGUGGAAAGAGAUUUUAAGAAUUUAAAAAGUGAAGACCGGGAAGAUGCUUUAAUCGUUAUAAGGAAACAGUACAAUAGAGAAAUGGGUGUAUCUCCUAAAAGAUUAAGCUGUAUCAUUUUCGAGGCAAUCUACGAGCAUAUGUUGCAAACAAAAAGCCUUAUGGUCGACAGUUUUAAAGAAAUAUCAAAGUUCGCUGUACAUCAUGGGCCAUGGUUUGAGAGAAUUUUCCAUCAAAGCAGACUUCAGGGAAAAGGAAAUUCAACGAAAAUCCCCAUCAGUUUGUCCAAAGGUGGAUCAGAUUACCCUAGAGAAGUCCUGGAGAGCUUUUUACUGGCGGCUAAAGAAUCUGCAUCAGAACUUCAGGUUGAAUAUUUCGCUGAGGACUACUUUUUGGGUCAAAUAAUCGUUAUUUGUCGUCAGAAAGAAGUUGGAGAGCAAUCUUUUACAACAAUUCCAUGGGAACAAUUAUUAAAAGACUUGAGAGAGUACGUCAAUAUGCUCACCGGAUUGACUUGGCGAAUGGUGACACAAGUUCCACCAUUGAGGCUCGAAUACCAAACCCCCACCUUCACCAGUCAGUAUCAUCAAAUGGUUGGAUCCGAUCACGAAGGAAAAGCUGAAAAAUAUGGUGAAAAGCCAGUCCGUUAUUUGUGGCCCGGUUUGGUGGAUGGGGGAGGAAGGGUAAUUGCUCUCGGAGAUGUUACAGCACUGUAAAGCAGUUAGAUAAUUGCACAUAUCAUUCAACCACAAACAUUAAUACUAGUGUUCGGUAUGCAGAGCUAUAAUAUGUUUCAGUAUCACUCACUGGCUGUUUGUUAUGAAUUUCUUUCAAGAUUUAUCUUAUUUGGAUUAACUUAGGUUAAUGAUUAACUAUCUGCGAUUCAUCCUGUUCAGGACUAUAACGUGUCUGUGCCAAUAGAAAUAUAGUGAAACCUGUACGAAUUGAGCCCCCAUAAUAAUCGAACGCCUGUCAUGCAAAGCUCUAAUGUUGCGCACUUAUAUCUAUUAUAAAAUGAACCACUGGGGGAUACUAGUGUCGAUUUUCUUUAUUCUAGGAGAGCUGGCGGAAAGCUUCAAAAUCGUUAGCUCGCUACAUGUUUUUUUUUUUUAACCAUAAGAAAGAUUUGCAUGCCGAUAAAACUCGUUGAACCACAAACCUCAAUGAUUAUAGCGCAGCUACUUUGGCUCUAGUCAUAUUCAUAUGUAACCUGCUUUUUCUAAGCUAUCUGCCAGGUAAAAGAUUAUUUCGAAUCAACUUAACGGCCUGCUCCCAGUUGGCUUGUUAGCUCAAUUGGUAAAGCGCUGCACUUGUAUCGCAG